CGAUUUACCAUUCAGUUGACCGAAGACUGUUAUCGGCAUCGGUUGUUCACCGGGUUGUUCGUUGAGUUCAGUGACUUCGGGAUGUUUUCUGAUAGGAUAAUGGGGACUCCAGUAAUUUUUCAUUGACUGUUUCUCCAGUGAGGAUCACUCCAGGAGAUUAUCACGGUUCUUAAUGCGUACAUCAGUCAGGAAAAGGAAAUGGAGGGAAAUAGAGCCGAGGGUAGUGCUGGACCUAAUGAGACAGGAGAGAGUCAGAAAUUCGCAGAUAAAUUGGGACUUACUACUCCGGAGGCCUUAGAAAUUCUCCACCGAGAUGUGUCCAGAGUCCUGGAGGAGUAUAAAGCAGAUUGCAAGAGGAAUAAAAAAUACAGGGGAUGGCUAAAGGAUACGUUGCAUCACAGAAGUCAAUACACAACUCUCUGCUGGACAUCAGCAAUUGCCCUGAUUAUCAACGCAAUAAGUCUAAUCGUUUCAUCGUGCUUCAGCGUGAACGACGCAAGGUAUUCUUCACUGCCAUACGAGGGUCUGAUCGUCUGUUGCCUCGUGAUCUUGAACUUCGCGCUGGUUUUGUCUGAUAAUAUCCUGAGGCACAAUGAAAUACCACAUCGUGUGGAGAUUCUAUUGAAAAAAUUGGAAGCUGCUCGGGAUAUUUGCAGGUGGAGCCCAGAUAAUUACCCUCAUCUGUGCAGUCCUCUCUCUCCAUGCGUAACACUCCAGUGGACGUAUAGAGAUGGUUCGAUUGUCAAUUUGCCCUGGGCUUUAUUGGUUACCGAUGACAUAAUUGUCAUCAGGCCUGGCCAACAGGUUCCUGGUUAUUGUGUGCCCUAUGACGAUCCAGAUGCGCCUGUACUUCACGCAAAAGAAGUGUACAGCCCUCCAGUUCACGGUGCCCAUGAAAUAUUCUCAUCGCCUCAGGCUCGCACUCCCCUCAGGAAUAAAAUCUACAAACUCCAAGAGACCCCGUACCUAUCAAAUCUUCGGAUGGCACUGGAUCAAGCUCUGGAUCGAUCAGUGACUUAUCACAAUCGUGAGCGUCAUCUCGUCAUGAUAUGCUGCAUCGAGCAACUGGCGUAUCCCAUUAUCCUCAUCAUCGUACAACUGGUGAAUCUACUCCGUUAUCUCUACUUCCACGAGAACUUUGGAAGUGGCCACUGGACUGAGCUAUUCAUGCUUCAGCCCAUUGCAGUCACACUUCCACUCUUGCCAAUAAUCUUUCCAACUUUGUGGAUUGUUCUCAACUGCUUUGGAAUGGCAAGGUUCAAGGCACUUUUUGAACUCUAUCAAUCUUCCAAGAAGGUACCAUUCGUUGAUCCCUUCGAGGACGCCGAUAUCUCCGGCCCGAAUAGUCCAGAAGUUGUCUAUAAUUGGAGUGAACUCAGGGAGAAUUUUUUUGGAAUACUCUUUGGUAGGGAGUACAUGAUGUCUAGGUCUGCCAGUAUUCUUCAUGUCUUGGGGUCCGUUACGGCACUCUCCUGCGUUGACAAGAAGGGAAUUCUCUCGUGGUCAAAUCCCACCGCUGAAAAAGUAUUUUUCCUUCGAAAUGCCAGCACUUUAUCCAGGGAUUCUAGUACUGUCAGUCUGGAUAAACACUCGGAUCCUCCCAAGACCACCGAUUCCAGUAAGAAUGAGUCCAACAAAAUGACGUAUGCUCAUCAUGACAUAUCUCACUCAGUUGCUGAGGUGCUGGAUUUGACCCACGAUCAUGCUCUUCCCUUUCGCCUGCAAUUCGAUGAUCAAGCAUGGAAGCAGCACCUGAACUCCCUGAAACCCCUGGGUCUCGCAAUUCUCCUCAACACGUGCAAUAUGGAAACCCAGGAGCAUUACUCUCAGUUUUGCUGUCACGUAACGUGUGAAGCUCUCUACAACGAGAAUCUGGUCCCAGUGACCAACAGGCGCCACAACAAUGAAGACAAAGGUAAAUUACCAGAGAAAGAUCCAAUGCAAUUUCCAAGACAGGUGUAUUUAAUCGAGGAGUCGGGGAACCUUGGAAACAUGGGAUGCUUGUGUGAACUCGCCAAGCAAAUCGGAUUUCAGGAUCAAGCACAAGAAAUUUUUCAAUUGGAACAGCAAUUAUCAACAUUCAGACACGUGCAACCAGAAAUGGUCCGAAGAGAUAUAAAAUUCGCCCGUUCCCUGAGUAUAGCAACGAAACUGAAAUUUCCAUUUCCCCACAUGGUAGCAGUAGUAGUUAAGGAAAAAGGUGGUGGAGGCCUUCAAUUAUUGACACAGGGUACAGCUGAUAUAAUCCUUGACUCUUGCAUAGAGUUCUGGGACGGACACGAUCUGUGUCCCCUGUCCCCAACAGAUCGAAAGAAGGUUCUAGAUUUCUAUCAGAGAACGAGCUUAACUUCUUACUGCACAGCAUUCGCUUACAGACCUUUGAUCCGAGGUGUGAAUUCCAAGCUGUCAAAUAUUUAUCUGGAAUUGCCUUCGGAUAGUAAACACCUUUACGCUCCUCAUCGGAGUCCCACCCCAUUGCCCUGGGAUUUUCGAAAUGUUCUGGACCCGAGGGUUAAAGGACUCUUGGGACAAUUUCAUUCGACAGAUUCCCUAUUGUGCAACGAAAAUAAGGACGAGGAGGUGAACGACGUGGAGAGUUGUUUCGAGCUGCAGUGCAACCAGAUAUUCAUAGGAAUGGUGACAAUGCAGUAUCAAGCCCAAGCAGACAUGGUACAACUGAUUGAACAAUUAGAAAGAGCGUGCAUAAGAUUCGUUCACUUCAGCAAGGAGAAUGAAUUGCGUUCACGUGUAUUCUCUGAGAAGAUGGGUCUUGAGAGCGGAUGGAACUGUCACAUUUCGUUACUCAGCGAGAGGGCUAGGAGACAGCAAUGGAUGGAGAGAUACCCUCAUAUACCCUUACUGUCAGAGAGUCCAGUGGACUGGUGGGUGAGCCAGGCUGCUGCCAUGUCCUCACCUACACCGUCGACUCAAUCACAUCAGCAUAAUCAUUCCUGCAUGGACGAGGCCAGCCAAUUGCUUAAUCGCGUUAAUCCGCGCUCGAAUCUGGAUACCAGCAAGGCGAUGAGUAUGUCAGCUCCUAGUGCGAUAAAUACCGAUUUUUCAACGGUCAAGUUCGAUGAUGAUGCGACUGAAUGGCAUAAUCCAGAACCCUCGCAGGCCAAAAGUGCUAUGAGUCAUAGCUUAAAUCAUUCGACAGAUAAUGGAAAUGCUGGAUCACCACUACUUCAGGAACACGAUACCGUUAGGAGCGAAGAUAGUGUUCUAGUCCAGAGUGUGGACUUGGGCUCUGGCCAAGAAGCAUGGAGAUCACUCAGCUGUUUGACUGACAGUACAGAGCAAAGUGCUCCAGUUAAUUUCGAUCUAUCAAAUAGGGCGAAAUUGCCUCGGGGAAUCGACAAAAUUCGUCCUCAUUUAGAAUUAAUUGACAAUGUACCUCUCUUAGUAUCUCUAUUCACCGAUUGCAAUACUGCGGUCACUCGAGAGAUGCUCCAUAUAAUGCAGGAUUAUGGAGAAGUCGUUUGUGUCAUAGGAUCUUCAGCCAAUGCUGAGAAUAUGUCUAUAUUUAUGCAGGCAGAUGCUGGCGUUGGAGUGGAACCUCUCUAUCCUCAAGUCUGCCAAAAAAUACCUGUGAUGACGAGCACUAAGGAGGAGCAGGGCCCAUCACCCAUCGAGUUGAGUCGAGCAUUAAACUGCAUUGCCUGUUCCCUAAGUGUAAAAAGAGAAGAUCCAAUAGCUAUGUUUCAUCUAGUUAUGGAGGCCCGAGAUUAUAUGAAGUGCCUAUGGAACUGUGUUCAAUUCUGGCUGUGUUGUGUUGUCACACUAUCUUUAGUUCAAGCAUUAUCUGGAUUUUUUAUGUUGCCCCCAUUGCUCUCCGUUGGCCAAACCCUUUGGCUGAUCUGUUUAAUUAUUCCCCUGCUGUCGAUAUCGAUGAUUGCAACACCAACCGAUCCCACGAUAAUGCAAAGAGCCACAGGGAAAAAUCAGUGUGCAGUCACUGGGGAGGUUGCACUGUUCGUUCUCUGGUGUUAUGGCUGUAAAUUUUUGCCAACAAUUGUAAGCAUGAUCGUGUGCCAAUUACUCAUGUACAUGAUCCUCUGCCCUUAUUAUGUGAGAGGAGAGUCUCAGUGCUUCUACAUUUAUCCUAAUAUAUCUGGUGAGGCUUUCUGGGGUGGAUGGAAUGAUGAGCCAAAUAUUAUUGUAUUGGUACAGCAUGUUACUUUGACGCUGCUUGUUCUGCAUUUUGUGAUGAUAUCUGUGAGCUUUGUGCAUAGGGAGUAUUCAAUGUGGAGGAGAUGGCCCUUUAAUAAUUGGCCUUGGUGUUUAAAUGCAUUUAUUGUUCUUGCGUUGCAGGCAAUAUUUUCUGCUAAUUUAUUGUACAAUAUAUUGAAGGAAGAGCAACGGAAAGUCGACAAUUUUCCCAUUCACUUGCCAUUAUUUUUCUUCAUAUCCCUCCCCCUCGUUUGUGCCAUUAAUGAACUAGUCAAGUGGCAAGAGAUCAAAGCCAACGUGAGGUAUCAAAAAAGAGCUAGAUUAGAAUUUGGAACAAAAUUGGGUAUGAAUUCUCCAUUCUAAAUCGAUUCACUGGUUUCAAAUUCAAAAUUAAUCCACUCCAAUGGAGCUGAAUAAUUUUAACGUGAAACGAAUAAUUGAAGUUCUCAUUGAUUGACGCACAAAAAAAAUUCAUUCUUCACAAAAUGUUUAUUGAUGCCAUUAAAAGUCCACAGUAGGAAUUCAAUUUGAUUUUUAUCUACAGAAAUUACGAUACGAUUUAUGGAUUUUUCCAUCAUAUAUUUAAGUUUCACUCAAAUUUCAAAGACUUUUGUUAUUGAAAUUUGAGAAUUCAUCGUUAAAAUUUUUGAAUUACUGACAAUUAAUUGAACGAAAACAGAGGAGUUCGACAAAAUAUAUUUUUGGAUUUUUAUUUUUUUAAUUCGAUGUCAUUCUGCUCGAAUAUAUAAUACAAAAUACCGUAUUAUCUGUAAAAUACCGAUGGCAUCACGAAUCGAGCAUUUACGUUAAUUUUUCACCCCAAAAACAUCUCCGAGAGCUCUAAAAAUGGAGAAGUCAAGUGCAAACACCACUUGAAAAUAAAUAAUAAAUCGAAAUAAAUAUUUUUGUACAUGUUUUAACAUUUUAAAUGGAGAAAUUUCCAGUGCCAAUGAGCCUCGACACUUGUAGUACUUAAAUAACAUCGAAUUCACUUUUCUGAUAUGAAAAUGAGUGUCUAACGAAUUUUAAAACAUUUCAAUGAAGAUAUUGCAUCGCGAUGAAACGACUGGUCGCAAUUGUAUUUUCUGAGAGUUUUCAGAAAUUUAUGUUAGACCGCGCGAUGAGUGGAAAAUAUAACAUUUUCAUCGCAGGAUCGUAGAGAAUUUUUUUACGAGUUUGUUAGUCACAUUGAAUAACUUUUUUUUCUAGAAGCUGCGCUUGUACAUCUAUUUUUCAAUGAAUUGUAUUUUAUUAUGUUUAAAAGGAGUCGACUAUUUAUUUUUCAAGGGAAUACCAUUUACUUCAGAGUUCGUGCAAUCCUGAUUUUUGCAAUGAAUAUUUAAUGUUUUUUUAAUAAAAUGCUCAAUAUUAAUUAAUAUUUGAAGAUCUUUAAAUGAAUCACAGUUAACAUGAAUUGAAGGGGCGAAAAAUAGUGAUUUAAAACGGAGGGAUGCAACAGUUUUGAUUGAUUUUUUGAAAAUUGACGAUUACUUCAUUGAUAUUUUAUAUUUAGAAUUUUAUGAGAACUCGAUUGUAAGAGAAGAUUACAAAUUUAAAAUCUUGAACUGAUUGAGAUCGAGAUUAUUCUGUCCAACUGGAUAAAUUUAAUAAAUUAAAUCUACAAUUCUAAUAAAUGGUCAAUGUAAUACUGCCAAUGACACAUGUACCUCAAUUAUCAAUCGUAUCGACAAUUAUCUAACUGGAAGGAUAAUUCAACAGGUGUUGAUAUCUAUCCAUCAACUUUAUACUAAUAUAUCAUUGUUACUGGAACGCUUGAAUCCCAAAACAAAGCAAUCAUUAAAUUCAUUCCACUUUCUUAUAAAAUGCAAUUAAUGAGCACCGCAAAAUUAAUUGGUUUACGAGAAAAUCUAAAUCCCAGUAGAAUUGUUGCAUCUUCUGCCAACGCCGUCAAACCCCACGAAACUAUUAUAAAAUUCUUCAUAAAAUGUAUUGUGUUGAAUAAAAUCGUCUCCAAAUGUGUCUAGGUCUUGACCCACUGAAACGA